AGAGGUUUGUGCUAUUUAUUUGUGUAAGGUGUUAGAGAUGGUGGCAAUUACCCGUUUUUGAUGUUAUGAGUGUAUCUAAUCACGUGUGAGGGUGCCCCCACUCUCAUGUAACAGGUCGCCCCUUCCACAUGAGGCGGUAAAGACGGAACGACGGCAGUGUCCUACCGUCCACCUUGUGAAGUGCCGUUUUUGGAUGUGUGGAUGUGGCAGUUGUGAUGGAGCAUAAGAACGACCAGAGGAGCACGGAAUGGGCUCUUCUUUUCCCUUUGAAAGCUGGUCUCUUAUCGCUCAAGAGUUCGGCCAGUUUGGAACUACGUUCGAGGCAAUCGGAAGGCGAGCCUCCGCUACGCCUCAGGAUGAGAAGAGGCUCUUCGAUGACCGAGCUCGGCCGGCCGGCCCAGCAGACAGACGGGAAUACACGACUGACGCCCCAUCAGGGUCACACGCCUUCGGGAAGCAUCGGCGACCUGAUGAACAUGAAACGCUACUAUGGUUCGAGCGGUGACGUGACCGCGGAGACUAUGAUCGCUAGGACCGUCCCCCUUUCGACCGUGUCCCGUUCCCCGAGCAGACAGACAGACGACACGGCGAGGAUCACGAGAAUCUACGAAGACCCCCCGCCGCAGCUUCCGGCCAACCCGACGACACAGCAGAGGGCACAGAGGCUCUCGAGGCUCAUUUCACAACAGAGAAAUUCCUCCAGGAAGUCGCAUCAUAUCAUGGUGAGUUAUAAUGAAAUUGUUCUCUCCGCUCUGAAUAUGAAUAAGACGCCUCUAACAACGCGAUCCCAACUUUUUACGAAUUCUUUGUUUUGCAAAUAAUUAAAAGACAUAAAUUUAAU